GUUGUUGUCAACAUGUCAUUUAUCAGCCGCUGGUUCAAGAAGACUGAACCAGAAGACUACGAGCAAAUUCUUGCAUCUCUCGCUCUUGACAUUCAAAAGCGUCAAACUCGCCUAUCCGAAAUCCGUUUGCGGGAACGCCGAUCCACACUCCUUGUAACACUAUGGGCGCUGGGGCUCUGGGGAUUAUACGUCAGCUUUUGGUAUACCGGCCUAUUGCCAAAGUUCAGUGGCUAUCAUGGUCGGAGUACCAUAUAUGCCAGUACGCAGUUCAAGAAGACUGUGAUGGGCACACCAGUAUUCUUGGGACCUAUAGUCAUCUUAUUUACACGCCGCAUCGUGCAACUGUAUUACACACGCAUAGGCGACGCGGAAGAGCAGACUUUGCAGGCACUCUACAAAGAACAACGGACGAAAGUUGAGGAUAUUAAAAAGAAGACAAACUACUACAGCACUCGCAACCUCAUCGAGCGCUAUGAUGGAAGUUCCGUCCCCAAUUCACCGUUACGUGGCAGACCUAUUCCAGGUCCUCAAUCACAACUCCCUGUCACUCCCCAGAGGUCAUUCUCACAGUCCAAUCGUCAACUCCCCCAAGGGCCAAUAUCGCUCGAGUUGCAGACUCAAUUAGCUCCGACACCGCAACAACCGAUGGCACCUCCGCGCAAGCAGUGGUUUGAUAAACUUGCGGACGCCUUGCUGGGAGAUGAUGAGUCUUCCACCAAUAUAGCUGCGUCUCGCUAUGCCCUUAUCUGCCAGAAGUGUUUUGCCCACAACGGAUUAAUUAAGGAAAGUAUGUGGGAGGAUGCCCAAUAUCUCUGCCCUAAGUGCGGGCAUUUCAAUCCAUCAGCACGCUCUCUCAAGCACGGUUUAUCUCCACAAACGCCGCAUUCUGCUUCAUCUCCUGUACGACAAACUCGCUUGGGAUCUCUCAGUCAUGCAACUCCCACGGCUAAGGGACGCACCCCUUCGUCUUCGAGACCCUCAAUCUCCGCGGACCAUGGCGAUUCCAUCGACCACGAGGAUGCAGGAGACUUCGCCGCGGAAGGCAACAGCUCACGUAUGGACAUUGACUCUUGAAGAGUCGUUUACUCCCUGUCGUUUAUCUCCUAUGAUAUACUGUAGGUAACCUUGGGUUUCCCCUCAUUUUUUCAAGUCUCCAUGUUGUAUCAAGGCUUUCGAUAGUAUGAAUAUAACUAAUUUCAUAGUUCCUCGUCUGUCCCGAGACCUCGAUACAUUUCUUCGUCUGUCCAGUUCGAGACCUCGAUACAUUUCUUGAACGCCUGUACGGUAUAUUCCGAGGCGUUGAGCAUCAAGU